AUGAAGACCUCCGUCGAAGCAUUGGGGAUGCCUUGUUGGAAGCACGAUCGACUGGCCCUCACUGAGCCCAAGGAGCGUUCCGGUGUGGAUGGGAUAUGUGCUAUGUUGAGUGAGAGUGAUCUUCCAGCGGACUCAGCCGUGUUGAAGAUGGUCCUCACUCUAUGGGGAGGCCUGUCACAAGAUGACCUCAGCACUGAAGCACUCGACGCAUCUAUCAUGACCCUCUGCGGCCUCACUGAGUUGCCUCCCGUUGUCACCGAGCAUGAGCCAGAAGCAGCGACCGCUAAGCUGUCCCUACCGCCUUCGCAUGACCUUUGGCUAUCCGACGUGCCACAGUCUGCUAAGGACGUAUUCUGCAUCAAUAUGUUCUGUCUUGAUCCACAGUAUCAACGCCACAGCCCGGACUUCCUGCUGCCUGCAUUUUCUAUGUUCCCAGACAAAAACUACUGCGUCCUCACGCAGCCUCACGACGUGCCUCAGAGCAACUUCCUCUCAUCUAUGUUCACCCAAAUCCGCCCUAAGAUUGGCACUACCAUUCAUCACGUUCUAUACCUCGCCCAUCGCGACUCUUUCUUUGCCCGGAUAUCGGGCAGUCCACUGCUACUCACCGAUCGAAACCCUCACUGGGAAGUCGCCGUGCUCCCUCGCAGCUCAAGUCUUGCCUCUCUCGAUUGGUCUAAGCUCGAGCCUGUAGCAUCAUCCAUCACUGACAAGCACCGAGACUCCUUGCAACGGCGGUACGAAAAUGACGAGGUAAUCGUCAUUGCAGUCCUCCUCGACGCUCAGCCUGUUGCAAUGAUCGGGGUAGAGAUGAUCACCAGUAACGACAAAGAGGCGGAUCCGAUAGACAUUUUACGAUGUCAGUAG